AAUAAAGUCUUUAUCUCUACAUUCUAUAUAUUGGUUGGAAAGGCUGAUGGUUUCGAAUGAAUGAGGUUAUUUGUUUAUUGGUUGAGUAGACCCAUAGGUAAUACAUAAUCAGACUGUAAACAGAUAAUCUGAGAAUAAGAAAUAUGUAGGCAGUCUGUGUUGGUUUCGCCCCGUGAGCGAACGAAGUGUGUGUAUCGAGAUUGAUACAGAAAUAUAAUUAAAAAUAGCAUGCUUUCACCCCUGGUGCACUGUUGCCCGGCCAAAAUAGCCGUGGUUCCUUCGAGUGGGGUUACUCGCAAUUAGGGGUGUUGCGGGCUACUCGAAUGACAUGAUUCUGGUGGCGAGGGUAGCUUCAUGUAAGUACCCCACACCCGUUCAUUGAGAUGCUAGUCCCUAAAGGGGGCUGGGCGUCUAGGGAAGCCUUACUUAUUUUAGGGUGACUCUAGCUAGUUGUCGAAGAAUAGGAAUACGUAUAAACAAAACUGGUAAUAUAUUGGAUACGUGUACAAUCUUAUGGUCCAACUGAACUAGGGGGAAGGCAACCCCCGGUGAGUACAUUAAUGUUUAUUUAUUGGUUGUCAGUAACUGUUAGUUUAUUUUGGGUCUACCGGAGUAUCUGUUUGACCAUCCUAAGUGCAGUCAGGAUCUGUUUGGGGAAAAGAAUCCAUGUUAUUAGGUGACAGUAAGUAAGAGAGUUAAGGUGAUGUGGUAAGGUGGAGAAUGGCCAGAGAGUGAUAAGGAUAAUAGUACUGUAUAAUAGUGUGCAACAAAAAUGUCUCACUACAGUGAUGCUGAAGAUUCUAUGCUAAGUUUUUCUGGAGAUGAAACUGAUUCCUGUCUUAGAAAACGAAGGAUUUGGGACCCUGAUGCAGAAUCCAUUACUUCAGAAAUAAAGGAACUUCUUAAUGAAGAUGUCAACUCAUUGGUUGAAGAAGAUUGUAUUGGCUGCCCUUUGCCCUCAACACCUGAAGAAGAGAAUAUUCUAGAUACUGAAAUAACAGAUGUCCUUAAAGCUGCUGUUUUAGGUACAGGAGGGGACUUUGAUAUAACAGCACUGGCUCAUAAUGCAGCAGGUCAAGCCGAACAAGUGGUUCGAAAAUUAAUCCAAGUGAGUUGGACGGUGUGUCACUUUAGCAAGCUUCCUGACUGGCUUCAAGACAAUGAUUUUCUUACACACGGCCACCGACCUCCUUUACCUAGUUUUCGCGCAUGCUUUAGGAGCAUGUUUCGUAUACAUACUGAAACUGCUAAUAUAUGGACCCAUUUACUUGGAUGUGUGGCUUUUAUAGGUAUUGCAAUUUAUUUUCUUAUGCGACCAGUUGUGGAAAUUGAACUUCAAGAGAAAAUAGUCUUUGGUGCUUUCUUUGCUGGCGCAAUAAUAUGUCUUGGAUGUUCUUUCAUUUUCCAUACUGUAAAUUGUCAUUCACAGUUUAUUGGAAAGCUAUUUUCUAAACUCGAUUAUUGCGGCAUUGCCUUGCUUAUAAUGGGUUCGUUUGUUCCAUGGCUUUAUUAUGGCUUCUAUUGUCAUUUCCGUCCAAAGGUCGUUUAUUUAUCAGUUGUUUGUGUACUCGGCAUAACGAGCAUAAUGGUUAGCUUGUGGGAUAAGUUCUCGGAGCCAGCGUGGCGACCUUUCAGAGCAGCAGUUUUUAUGACGUUCGGCUUGUCAGGAAUUGUACCAGCAAUUCAUUAUGGAGUAGUCGAAGGCUGGUUCAGCAAUUACAUGAGUCAAAAGUCGUUGGGUUGGCUCUGUCUAAUGGGUUUGUUAUACAUUAUGGGUGCACUUAUGUACGCGCUUCGCGUGCCUGAGCGCUGGUUUCCAGGCAAAUUUGACAUUUGGUUCCACUCACACCAGAUUUUCCAUAUGUUUGUUUUGGGGGGUGCUUUCGUUCAUUAUCACGGUAUCACUGAAAUGGCUAUGCACCGAGUUACAGUUGGACAAUGUGAGAUACCCGACAUGUUAGUUUAUUAA